AUGGUCCGAGCGAAACGCCUCUCUGGCCUGCAACGCGAUGUCCUCUCCCUCUACCGCCAAUGCCUGCGAGCUGCCCGGCAAAAGCCCUCCGACACGCGACCCAACUUCGAGGCCUUCGCCCGUCGGGAAUUCGAGAAGAACAUUGAGAUGGAUAAGAAAGACUUCGGCACCAUCGAAUUUCUGCUGAGAAAAGGGACGAGACAGCUGGAAAUCUACGAGGCACCCAACAUAACCAACAUUGCUGGAUGA